AGCUGCUGGGCUGAAUGAGUCUUCACGGCCGCUCUGUGUCUACACCUUUCACGCCGCGGAACUGCGUCGCCGUGCGGGGAGGAUCUGUCGGGCGGGGGGAAGCUCACGCAAUCGCAUCGCCUGGACCCACGCUGCAGCAGGACCAUGCUCACGCGGGUGAAAUCGGCGGUGGCCAAUUUUAUGGGAGGUAUGAUGGCCGGUGGCUCCAACGGUGACCAUCCCGGUGGCUCGGAUCUGCCGCUGAAAUACCCGUACAGCAGACCGGAGUUCCUGGGACUGUCUCCGGACGAGAUAGAGUGCUCGGCGGAUCACAUUGCGAGACCGAUCCUCAUCCUGAAGGAGACCAAGCGGCUGCCGUGGUCCACCGGCUACGCAGAGGUAAUCAACGCAGGAAAGAGCACACUAAAUGAGGACCAGGCCUGCUGUGAGGUGCUGGUGGUCAAGAGGAGACCUGCAGGAAGCUCCACGCCCAACCGGACCCCCAUGGCCCGCAGGAGGUCAUCCCUGCCCAACGGAGAGGGCUUGGGCCUCCGGGAGUGCUUGGACAGCUCUGAAGACCUAACCCUGCACUACUGGGCGUUGUUCGAUGGCCACGCCGGCUCUGGGGCGGCUGUAGUGGCUUCCCGCCUUCUACAUCACCACAUCGCCCUGCACCUUCAGGAGGUGACGGAGAUCAUCUGCACCCCAAACCUGCUGCCCCCGACAUGCCUCGGGGAGGAGCCUAUCAAUCACCACCUCACCCCGACAUCCCAACGCGCCCUCACCAGGGCCGCCUCGCUCCGCGGCGCUGCAGGGGCUCCGGGCUCACCCAGCACCCCGCCCACGCGCUUCUUUACUGAGAAGAAAGUUUCACACGAGAGCCUGGUGGUCGGAGCCAUCGAGAAUGCUUUCAAAGACAUGGAUGUGCAGAUAGAGAAGGAGAAGGCAGUCUACAACAUCUCAGGUGGCUGCACUGCUCUUGUGGUUGUCUACCUGCUUGGGAAGCUCUACGUUGGCAACGCUGGGGACAGCAGAGCUAUCAUUAUCCGGGCUGGGGAAGUCAUCCCCAUGUCAGCGGAGUUCACGCCGGAGUCAGAGAGACAGCGACUGCAGUUCCUGGCCUACAUGCAGCCCCACUUAUUAGGGAAUGAGUUCACACAUCUGGAAUUCCCGAGGAGAGUCCAGAGAAAGGAGGUGGGGAAGAGGAUGCUGUACCGUGACUUCACCAUGUCGGGAUGGGCGUAUAAAACCAUCGAGGACGAUGACCUAAAGUUUCCCCUGAUCUACGGCGAAGGGAAGAAGGCUCGUGUGUUGGCGACCAUCGGGGUCACCAGAGGUCUCGGGGACCACAAUCUCAAAGUGCACGACUCGAACAUCUACAUUAAGCCCUUCCUGUCCUGCUGCCCAGAGGUCAAAGUUUAUCCUUUGGCGCAGUACGAACACGGAGCCGAUGACGUUCUGGUGCUGGGAACCGAUGGUCUGUGGGACGUCCUCUCAAACCAGGAAGUAGCUGAAGCAGUCACCUGUUUCCUGGCAAACUGCGACCCCGACGACCAGCACAGGUACACAAUGGCAGCUCAAGACCUGGUAAUGAGAGCACGAGGGGUGCUGAAGGAUCGAGGCUGGAGGAUAUCCAACGACAGAUUAGGCUCUGGAGAUGACAUCUCCGUCUACAUCAUUCCUCUCAUGUACGGCAACAAGCAGAACUAACCGAGCUACAAAAACUGCAGCCACCACCGAAACGUAACCCUGCCUUGACUCCCACGGUUCCCCUCUUCCCUUGUGCUCUUUUUAAAGUGCUUUAGUGUGGACCUCCUCCUCUGCUGAGGGAUCCAAGAUGUCUCCGGUCAGAAAUAGAGUUUCUGUCCAAGCUGUUUCUCCCCUUUAUCAUCCUCAAUUAGGAUGAUCUCUUUUUGUCUGACCCUUUUUUUUUAUAGAAAAGAAACAUGAAAAAAGCUGUUGAAGAGUUGAACUACUGAUUUUUUUUUUAAUCUUACAGAAGCCAUCAUGAACCUUGUUGUGGGGCAACGCCUGGGGUUGAGAGCAUAGACUCUCGUGGAUGAGAUGGUGAUGUGCAUCUCAGGAUUGCAGUUACUAACUAAUGCACAAUAUUUAUAAAUGUGAAAAUGUAAAUACUCCAAGGCGUACGACAUUUGAUAAGUGUUUGAUCGAACACCUGUACAGUGUAAAACUAACCUGAAGACUGAUGUCCUACAUAUAAGAAUCAUACCUCCUCUGUUCCAUGUAGAGCUUAUAAAUUAGCCACGUGCAAUUUUUUUAGUCCGUCGUCUGAAGGAAAACUCCCAAGCCUUCUCUGGACAGUACGUCAGCUGGUUCUCCUGAUGCUGCAGUUGCUAUUUUUAUUCAUUUGCACACCUUGCAUCGCAAUACUGUACUUACUGUUAGAGGAUACUGAUUCCUUUGAAAGGUAAACACAUUUAUGAAGAAGACACUAACAGGAGGAGUUCCAUUCAACAUUUUGAUGUCAGCUACACAUGACCCUGUUCUCACCAUAGUAUUAAAUCUACUCCAGCGUUUACAUUCAUUCAGAUUUAAAAGUUACAGCGUGUAGGAUUUGGGGAGAUCAAUUUGCAGAUUGGGCAGCACAGUGGUGCAGUGGUUAGCAGUGUUGCCUCACAUCAAGAGGGUUCCUGGUAUGGACCUGGGGGGGUGUCUGUGCAGAGAUUGCAUGUUCUCCCUGUGUCAGCGUCGGUCUUCUGGGUACACUGGCUUCCUCCUACAGUCCAAAUUGGUGACUCUAAAUUGGCCGUAGGUGAAUGGUUGUCAGUGUCUAUGUGUCAGCCCUGUGAAAGUCUGGUGACCUGUCCAGGGUGUACCUAGCCUGUCGCCCACUGUCAGCUGGAAAAGGCUCCUGUCCCCCUGCGACCACCAACAGGACAAGCGGUUACAGAAAAUGAAUGAAUGAAAUAAAUGAGGACUGGAAGAAAUGGAAUAUAAUAUAUAACCUGAAAAUAAGAAUCAUUGUGUUUUUGUGACCUACAAUGAGCCAUUUCUGUCUAGACUGGGAGCGGGUUCUUGUCUAUGGAGAUUGCCAUGUUGCACGGCUAUGUUUCUACAGUAGCCAAGAAUUGACAAAGACAAACACUGGCUUUAAAUUGGGCCAUUCACGUUUGUAUGUCGGCCACUGUAGUUAGCGUCUCCUUGGCAACGAGCCAAACGGCAUCAGAAAUACAGAUUUUUAACGUGCAACUGCUCUAUUCAGUGUCUUUACUGAUUUCAAUCACCUGGGGUCUUAUUUAUAUGCAUUUCGUACGCACAAAACAAGGCCUGAAAGAGGCGUAUGCCAUUUCCCACGCAAAAGCUGUCAUCUAUGAAAACAGACUUGAUGGGAGAAACUUUGACCCACACUUACAAACAUUCUGGAGACAUGAAAUUAGUGACGCAGAUGGUAAGGUGAAAACCUGAUUGUAGAAAUUGUCGAAUAUUUUUUGGCGCACGCCAUUUUUGGCUUUUGUCUGUGCGUACAUUUCUAUAAUGGAUCAUACACACUGUUUUAUAAAUGAGACCCCUGGUCUGUUUGUUUCGGUGAGGAAGAGACUAGGGGUGUAACGAUACAUAG